UUCUUGCAAGUUAUUACCAUCUCACCCCAAAUAUCUCUCCUCUCUUCUUCUUCUUCUUCAUCAUCUUCUCCUUCUUGUUUUGUACUCUUGUUCUUCUCAUUUUCUCACCUCACCAAAAUUCCUGACCAUUCAUGAUAAAUUCCCCAAAUCCAACCCCUACCCUUUUCAAUUCACACUCUCUUCUCUUCAAAGCUCGCUCCUUUCCCCCAUUCCACAUGAACCCUUAACCAACCCCCAAAUCUCACCGCAAAAACCCCAAUCUCCGAUGGCCGCCGCGGCGCUCCGGUCCAAACCCUCCCGCGAAACUGCCUCGCAACUCCGCUACUUCCUCCUCCACUACAUGCACACAGCUCGGGUCGCCACCAGCUCUCACUGCGUCUACCGGACCAAAGGCGACGACUUGUUCGCCAACACUCCCUACCACUUCACGGCGUUCAAGCCCGUCUCGCUCUCCGGCAACCUCGCCGGCGGGAAGGACGACCGGAGCUGGGGGCGGAGAUUGAACGGGAGUUGUGUUAUGUCGACGCAUGGGGACCCGCCGGAGGUUUGGUCCGGCGACGGGAUUGUGGUUCGGGCCGGGCCGGGGUCGAAUUUGUCCAAGGGAGGUGGCGGCGGUGGCGGUGCGGCGGGUGGCGGCGGCGGCGGCGGAGGGUUUGAUUCGAAUGGGAAAGAUGAGUGUUGGGGUGGGUCCAACUUGGGGAGUAGUUUUCCGACGCCGAAGGAGAUUUGUAAAGGGCUUGAUAAGUUUGUGAUUGGGCAAGAGAGAGCUAAGAAGGUACUGUCUGUUGCGGUUUACAAUCACUAUAAGAGGAUAUACCAUGAGUCCCAGCACAAGUGGUCUGCAGGAGAUGCAGGUAAUAAUAAAGCAGAUGCUAUGAAUGACGAUAAAGUGGAGCUUGAGAAAAGUAAUAUUCUUGUAAUGGGGCCGACUGGAUCAGGGAAGACACUACUUGCUAAAACCUUGGCACGAUUUGUGAAUGUUCCCUUUGUCAUUGCCGAUGCAACAACAUUAACUCAGGAAAGAUAUGUUGGGGAAGAUGUGGAAUCAAUUUUAUACAAACUUCUUUCGGUUGCUGAUUAUAAUGUGGCAGCUGCACAACAAGGAAUUGUUUAUAUCGAUGAAGUUGACAAGAUUACCAAAAAGGCUGAAAGCCUAAAUAUCAGCAGAGAUGUAUCUGGAGAAGGUGUUCAGCAGGCAUUACUAAAGAUGCUGGAAGGAACAGUUGUAAAUGUUCCAGAAAAGGGAGCUCGAAAACAUCCAAGAGGUGAAAAUAUUCAGAUUGAUACAAAGGAUAUUCUUUUCAUAUGUGGGGGUGCCUUUAUCGACUUAGAGAAGACCAUCUCAGAAAGACGCCAAGAUUCCUCCAUUGGGUUUGGUGCUCCAGUUAGGGCAAACAUGAGAACUGGUGGUGUUACAGAUGCGGUGGUUACCUCAUCCUUACUGGAGAUUGUUGAGAGUAGUGACCUUAUUCGAUAUGGAUUGAUACCUGAAUUUGUUGGGCGGUUUCCUAUCCUUGUCAGCUUAUCUGCACUAACUGAAGAUCAAUUAGUUCAGGUUCUAACGGAGCCCAAAAAUGCCUUAGGGAAGCAAUACAAGAAGAUGUUCCGUAUGAAUGAUGUCCAACUGCAUUUCACCGAGGGUGCCCUGAGACUAAUUGCUAAGAAAGCAAUAUCAAAGAACACUGGGGCUCGUGGAUUACGAGCACUUCUAGAAACUAUAUUAAUGGAUGCCAUGUAUGAGAUUCCUGAUAUUAGAACUGGUGAUGACAUAAUAGAUGCAGUUGUUAUUGAUGAAGAGGCUGUUGGAACUGAUGGUCAGGGUUGCGGAGCUAAAAUCCUCUAUGGUAAGGGUGCGCUGGAUCACUAUCUUUCACAAAAUAAAGAGAAGGAUGUUCAGAUUACAACCGCAGAAGGGUCUGAUGUAGAGCCCGAUGGCGAAGCCGAGCUUUCUUCUGUUGUUGCUAGCAUGUAACUUUAUGCGGAAAAUCUAUUAUUUGUAUCGCGAUCCUGUACAUAUCAAACAUUUAUUUAAUAAAUCAUAUAAAAGCUCGUUGUGUACAACCUUCACAAGGGUUGAGCUGCAGAGUUGCGUAGGGUUCCCUCUGUAAGUCUCAUCGCGAUAGUCUAUACUCCAUAGCAUACUCACCUCUGUCAAAUACAUUUCUUUCUUUCAGCUCAGGGAAAACCACAGAAAGAUCGAGUGUAUAUUACAUCUGAUUGUUUCACUGCUUUGAUGUUUUCGAUA